AUGAAGCCGGAGUCAUCGCCUAUACCACAUCUGAUUCGAGCCGAGCAAGAAGCGGCCGAAAUAAUUAUCGAAGCCCGGAGACGUAAAGCCUUACUACUAAGAAAAACAAAAACUGCUGCAAAUAGAGAAGUAGAAGAUUUAUACAAUACACGCGAAAAGAUAUUGACGGAACUUGGAAAGAAUGUUGAAGUUGCAGUAAAGAAAUUUGAAAGAAGGCUGCAGCGUGAUACGGAAGAGACAAUUCAAAAAAUAGAGGAACAGGUGGAGAAAAAUCGGAAAGCUGUUGUAAAUAUGGUACUGAAAAUGAUGUAUGACGUCGAGCCGGCACCGCACAGAAAUUUAGUUGUGACGAAAGAUGAUUCACAGCCAGAACAGAGAAACAAUUAA